CACAGUGCAGCCCGGCGGUGCAGGCGGCGCAGCCCCGCCGGCCGCUCGCCCUGCCCGGCCCCCGGCUCCCCCCUCCCCGGUCCCCCCCCCCGGUCCCCCGGUGCCCCCCUCCGUUCCCCCCAGCCGCCGGGAUGCUGCCGGGCUCCUCUCCCGGCCGCUGAGCCUCCGGCGGCCCGGGGAAGCCCGGAGCCCCUCCUGCAGCCCCCGGCGGGCGGAUCGCGCUGCGGGUCACCUUGCAGGGAGGAAAAUGGGGGCCACUGCCCCAGUGUGACCCAUCUCUAAGGUACAACAAAACACAGACUGCCCGCCGUGCUCCCUCAGACACCUCCCAGUAUGGAUGGCUUGAUUGAGCAAAACAGCGUGCUGAUGCACAAUAAGAUCGCCGAAGCCGGGAAAAGGAACGGUUUAAUUAACACAAGGAACUUGGUAGCAGAGAGCCGAGAUGGUCUGGUCUCCGUCUACCCAACCCCGCAGUACCAGGGCCACCGAGCGGGGAGCCUUUCCUCUCCGAGCUGCCUGGAGAACGGCAGGAGCGACCCCGUGCAGCAGCUCCUGGAUCCCAACAUGCUGCAGCAGACGGUGGAGUCCCACUACCGGCCCAACAUCAUCCUCUACUCGGAGAACGUGCUGCGCUCGUGGGGCGAGAGCAUCGGCUCGGAGUGCUGCGAAACCACCUUCAUUGAGGACCGCUCCCCCACCAAGGACAGCCUGGAGUACCCGGACAGCAAGUUCAUCGACCUCUCGGCAGAUGACAUCAAGAUUCACACCCUCUCCUACGAUGUGGAGGAGGAGGAGGAUUUCCAGGAACUAGAGAGCGAUUACUCAAGUGACACCGAAAGCGAAGACAAUUUCCUGAUGAUGCCACCAAGAGACCAUCUCGGCCUCACUGUGUUCUCCAUGCUCUGCUGUUUCUGGCCACUGGGAAUUGCUGCCUUUUACCUGUCUCAUGAGACAAACAAAGCUGUAGCCAAGGGGGACUUCCACCAUGCAAGCUCCAGCUCUCGGCGAGCACUCUUCCUGGCUGUGCUGUCCAUCACAAUCGGAACUGGCAUCUAUGUCGGGGUGGCCGUGGCUCUUAUUGCCUAUCUGUCCAAAAACAAUCACUUAUGAGCCUCAGGAAAGGGGGAGAACCAGCCACCCAGCACCUGCACUGCAGAACUCCACAGCAGAUCAGACUGCAUGGUUUUUCAAAAAGAUCAAGAGACAAACAAACACCUUCUGUGGGCAGGUACAGGCUAAGAUGGGCUUGUGCAUUACUGUAGGGUGGGAAGAUGGCUGUGAUGGGGCUAGUUCCACCGUUUGUGACGCACAAGUCUUGCUUCUCUUCAUGAACCCCUGUGGAAGGAAGGAAGGAAGGAAGGAGAAGAAGGAAAAGAAAAGAAAAGAAAAGAAAAGAAAAGAAAAGAAAAGAAAAGAAAAGAAAAGAAAAGAAAAGAAAAGAAAAGAAAAGAAAAGAAAAGAAAAGAAAAGAAAAAUUGGGGGAGGUGUGGAGAGGAGUGUUUUGCCUUUGCCUUCUUUGCAAUAUGGUGUUUACAAGAAGCUGGCAAACAGAGAUGUUCUCUGAAUACCUUCUUGGUGACCUGAACUUUGCAGCCAGCAUGAGCUUGUGCUUAGUUUGCUUGUUAAGCACGGCACUGAGAUCUGGAAAAGUAUGGACGGUGGCUGGUUCUCUGAAAGAGCAAUAUAACAACAGGAGGAAGAAUGUUUUCUUUCUUUUUUUUUUUCCUUCUCUCUCUUUUUUUUUUUAAUGCAGAACUCAUUUGCCUAAGAGUGAACCAGAGAAUAGUAUUUCCUACUCUUCUCGUCUUGGUAGGUUUCCUGGAAGGAAAAAAGAAAAUAAUAAUAAAAAAUAUUUUUCUUUCCUUUCUUUGUUUUUUUGGCUUAAGAUGUGACCCACAGGCCCACUCGAUACAGAACAGCUGAGGUUACUGCAUGACUUGGCUCCGCAGACUGAGUGUGAGGUCGAAGUAGCAUGGGAUCCAUUGUAAAAUGAAUUUCUCCAUCCAGUCACACCGUGAUAACAACAUGUUCCUGUGGCAUAUUGCUCACCGGGGUUGCUCCACCCUACAGUGGAGACAUGCAUAGCAGCAAAUGCAAGAAACCUGGGGAAAAAAUGCAAACUGAAAUACUAACCAUUUUUAAAUUACAAAACAUGGAAAAGCAUGGGAAUUAACCAGGGGAAGGAAAGCUUCAUACAUUUCUGAGGUAUUCCUCAUACACAGAGCAUCAAAGGGGAUCACUCAGAUUACAAGCUGACAGCUCCUCCAUGGACACAAUAUAGCCAUGGAGAGAAAAGCAUGUCCCUUGAUAAGUGAUGUAAUGGUAUAUUGUAAGGGAAUUGAGCAUUAUCCUUACUUCACUGACUAGUUUAUUUAUUUAUUAUUUUAUUCUUUGCUCCUUCCCCGCAGUCACCCUUUUUUUUGUUUUCUUACAAAUGUACCAUUUCACGAAGGAUUUAUGUGUAUAGAUAUAUAUAUGUAUCUACAUAUGCAUAUGCAUAUAUCUAUACAGAAACUGAUCAAGACAAUAAAUAUUUUAUUAUUCACUGCCUCCUGUUUUACCAACACCAUUUCUUCACCCAAAGACCUUUUUGCCAAUCUCUGUAUUUUGUGUCUGUUUUGCUCUGGGAUAUUUUUUUUCCUUCUGUUUUGGGGUUGACAUUAUUUUAGUUUUGGUUUGACUUCUGUUUUUUUUUUUAGGGAGGAGGAGAACAAACACAUUCAAAACUAUUUUUCUGCUGGUUAUAAAGUUUAUUAAAAUACAUGGUAUACAGCU